GCGAUAGAAGAGACACCAGACACCGUCUGGGAGCCCCACGACCUCCGGAGUCGAGCAAGCCUCUACCAUCAUAAUGACGUAACGCCCUGCGAGGUGACUGGAGCGAGGCCAACGUGGAGAAGCCGCGGGAACCUGUCCAGGUCGCGGGGGGAGGCGGGCGCGCGCGUGGCGGAGGAGGACGUCGACGUCACGCGCCUCUCUCACGCGCCUCUCACGGUCCGGUGGGACCGCGGCGCGGAGCCGCGGGAUCCGGUCGGAGACGCGGAGGACCGUCCGCCGCAGAUUCCUUCGCGUAGCGGAGGCUCCGUCCCGGACCACGUGAGGGGAAGACUCAGUGACGGGGGCCCCCGACUCACCGGCUCAUCUCACUGCCGACAUGGACUCGUGGACAGUCCGCGCGCGCAGCAUCGUGGAGGGGCGACGAGCCUCCCUGCGAGUGUAACCUCUGGUCUCUCCUAUUCUCUUUCUGUUCUCUUCUUCUUCUUCUUCUUCUUCUUCUUCUCUGACCCCCAGCAGUUCGAGGAGGGGGCAUGGCUUGGCCGUGCAUCAGCAGAGUGUGCUGCCUGGCUCGCUUCUGGAACCAGUUCGACAAGUCGGACCUGUCCGUCCCGCUCACCGUCCAGAACUACUCGGACAUCGGCGGGCAGGAGGUGCGCUCCGUCGCCAAACAGGUGUCCGCCUUGGAGCGCGCACCGGCGAACCAGUCCUCGCCCGCGGAUGGCCCCGGGACCCGGGGCUCGUUUAGGGCGAGGAAGGAGCCCAGCUACAAGCCCCGGGACGACUACCAGCCGCCCGGCGUGCCCUUCAACAGCAUCACGCAGUACAAGCAGGAUUUCAAACCGUGGCCCAUCCCCAGGAAGGAGAACUUCCCCUGGAUGAGUAACGGCGGGAGCCGGGCGGACAGUGUGUCGGACGGUCCCGUGAGCAGUCACCACGGCCGGGCGCCGCCGGGGGACAGAGAGGAGCGGGGCAGGGGCCACAGGUGGGGGGAGCAGCAGGUGGCGGAGGAGAGUAACACCAGCUGCUACAGGCAAGAGUACAGGCCGUGGACAGGGGCGAAGCCGGCCAAGAGUGCAAGAAGAUACCCUCCAGCUCAAUACUCCAGCCCAGGCACAGAGGCCACCCACGUCCCGCGCGAGACCAGCUACCAGGCUGCCUACAGCGGGGACGUCCACAGGCCCACGGGGCUGCAUCAGGGGGAGCACAUCGUCCCAUCUACUGCCUCCAACGUACACCCUGCUGCUGUCCCCCAGCAGGCUGCCGGCUCGCCCAGCACCUGCAGCCUCCAGCAGACCGUCCCACCUGAGAGGACCGAGUUCAGUGGAACGACCAAAGCAGAGGAACAUCUGGUGAGGACCAAGCUCCCUCCAAACCCGUCUGCCGUCUUUCAAAGUGGAUCGAGGGUCUUCAACAUCUGAGCGCUGCUGCGAUUUUCCAGCCACUCCACUUUGGGUCGGUUUCAGUUUUAAAAGGAAUCAACGGGAGGAUGUUUUCAGUCCAUUCCACAACAACAAUAAUCUAUGCAAGGGACUGUAUUGUUGUGACGCCUGUGGAGCUGCAGCGUCAAUAUCACAAGUUGGAGAUAGAAAUAUAGGUGCCCCCCCUUACACUCCUCCCUGUCCCCUGUUGCUAUGGAAAUGAUUAUGCAUGACACAAAAUAGAUUCUAAACAAGCUUUUUUUCUUUCUUUCUUUCUGUUUUUCGCGGUUAUAGACACGCAAGAAACUGGCUGCUGUGUGUUUGUGUGUGACCAUGCAGAAUUGUACAUUGUGGAGUCUGCUCCAAUAACGAAUGACAAGGUGUUUGCUUAAAGUACUUUGUUUCCCUUUGGUGUUUGCUAGAAAUCUGCUCAAACGUAAGUUAUUCACUCAGUAUUCAGUUACUUUAUUAUUUUUGGGAAAGUAAUGUUCAGUCUCUUAUUUUGUAAAUCCAUUGUUGAAGAAAAAGAGCAAGUAUAUAUAAUGUAAGCAAAAUAACAAUAAAAGAAUAUCAAGUUCUCA